UAUGGAAGCAUUUAAAUGAAAUUUGAUACUUUUCUGCUAAAUCCCCAGAAGUCAACAUUGUAUGGCCACACUGUAAGGUGUAGAUGGGAUGGUGCUAUUGAAAUUUUGGUAAAAGAACAUGCUACAGGCUUCUGUUUGAGAAAAUAUCACUUAAAAUUUUCUUAUCUCACAGAUGUAUUCGAAGAUUUCGUCUCUCCGGUGACUGCCGCUCAAGCUCUUCUUCAUUCCGCCUGCAAGAAACGCAAGGAGAUGUUACAAAAAACGAUGCAGUUGCUAAACCAAAUAUUAAUAAACCCCGCGACGGAAGCCGCACAAAAAGAUGGAGCCCUACACAUGGUGGGAUCGUUAGCCGACAUAUUGCUUAAAAAGAAAGGAUACUGCGAGCAACUAGAUCAGCUGUUCAUUAAAUACGUCUUUCCCGAGUUCUCCAGUCCGAGAGGUCACAUGCGCGCGCGCGCCUGUUGGGUGCUUCACUAUUUCAGCGAAUUUGCGUUCAAGCAGGAGGCGGUGUUGGCCGAGGCGAUGCGAUUGACCGUCAACGCGCUUCUGCAGGACAAGGAAUUACCCGUGAAGGUGGAAGCCGCCGUAGCUCUGCAGUCAUUGUUAAAUUACCAGGAUCGUUGUCACCGCUAUGUGGAACCGCAAGUGAAGCAAAUAGCGCUCGAACUGCUGACUAUCAUUAGAGAGACGGAAAACGAGGAUGUAACCAGCGUUAUGCAGAAGCUCGUGUGCGUUUUUACACAGCAACUCGCUUGCAUUGCCGCCGAAAUUUGCCAACACUUAGCAACGACCUUUAGCAAGGUGCUCGAUACUGAUGAAGGUUCCGAUGAAAAGGCGAUAACAGCGAUGGGUUUGUUAAACACUAUUGAAACACUACUUACCGUCUUAGAAGAGCAACCGGAAGUUUUGCAACAGCUGGAACCGACCGUUUUACAAGUAGUUGCGCACGUUUUACAGAACGAGGUGCAAGAAUUCUACGAGGAAGUUCUCUCGCUGAUUUACGACCUCACCUGCAAACACAUCUCGCCGGACAUGUGGCGCGUUUUCGAACUGCUGUAUCAAGUUUUUAUGAAGAACGGCCUGGAUCACUUCACCGACAUGAUGCCCUCAUUGCAUAACUAUAUCACCGUCGAUACGGACGGAUUUUUAGCCGACGAGAAACGAUUACUCGCCAUUUACUCCAUGUGCAAGCAAGUUUUGAAUAAGGAUUGCGGCGAAGAUCCCGAAUCUCACGCCGCCAAAUUACUUGAGGUCGUUUUGCUUCAAUGUCGAGGUCGCAUCGAUAACGCCGCACCUUUACUUGUAGAGUUGGCUGCUUCUAGAUUGCUACGCGAGGUGCGAACUAGUGAACUCCGAACGAUGUGCUUACAAGUACUAAUAGCUGCUUUAUACUACAACCCUCAACUGUUAUUCUCCGUACUAGACAAAUUGCCAGAUUUCACAGCACACUUUGUUAAGCAAUGGUUACACGAUGCAGACUGUUUCCUUGGCAUUCACGAUCGUAAGAUGUGCGUCUUGGGACUGUGCACGUUAAUUAGCAUGCCCGGCAGACCUAGCACGUUAUUAGAAUUGGCACCGCAAGUCGUUCCGGCGAUUGUCCUACUGUUCGAUGGACUCAAGAGAGCUUAUGCCGCUAAAGCGCAAGAGGCCGCGGAGGAGGAGGAGGAGAGCGAUUGUGAUGAUGACGACGUCGAAGAAGUCUUAAGUUCGGACGAAGACGAUAUCGACGAGCAGGGACAAGAAUACUUGGAAAGUUUGUCGAGAAAGGCUGUGAACGCGGGCGCAGCGGCGGGGAUGCAAAUCACAGCGAAUAUCACAGACGACGAUGAGGAAGAUAGUGAUUCCGACUCAGAUUAUGAACCCAAUGAGGAAACCGCAUUGGAAACUUAUACCACUCCUCUCGACGAAGAUAAUUGCGAAAUUGAUGAAUAUUUUGUGUUUAAAGAAGUCAUGCAAAGACUACAAAGUACAGAACCAGAAUGGUAUCAAGCUUUAACCAAUAACCUUACGGAACAACAGAGUAAGGCUCUUAUGGAAAUUAGUUUAUUAGCUGAUCAACGAAAGGCGGCACGCGAAAGUAAAAAGAUUGAACAACAAGGAGGUUACGUGUUCACGCAGCAAACUGUGCCAACUACAUUCAAUUUUGGUGGAAGUGGAUCAAUCGGCGGUUCAUGAGACCUAUAUAAUUUUUAUGGUGUCUAAGCAACGGCAAUUUUUUAUUUAUUGACUGAAACGUGAUUAGUUGUACAGCUGGUUUAUUAACAAAAAAAGUUUUACUUCUUAUUCUUGAUUGUUUUCUCUUUUUUUUGUAAUUAGUACUGAUUAUGUAUUAAGUGCCUUUUUAUUAUUCUGUGUAUUUAAACCUCUAAAUUAGACACAAUGAGUAAAUAAAAAAUAGCUUUUUA